AUUGAGUACAUGACCAUGGCCGAUGCAUUUGAAUUAGCCCGAGAAUUCAGUCGCAUUCAUCGUGAUAAAAUGUAGCGCAGAUUCGAACAGAGUCUCACUGUAUUAAACUUGGAGCUAUAAUUAGUGUUCUUAGAUGAAAUGUUGGUUAAUAUUUGCGGUUUCAUCCACGUUUGAUAAUUAUUGAGCGAAGGAAGAAGUAAACACGAAACUUCAAGGAUAUGGCUUCACCUUGUUUUCGAAACGAGCUGUUUUGGGGUUCGCUUGUACUAAACUGGUAAGUGUGUUUGUUGAUGUUACGAUGGGCGGUUUGCUUCGUUCUUUAAGCGAAACUCAAAGCGUCGUUUACACUAUCGUGAGAACUGGCCCGUAAAAAGUAUAAACAACUGUUUGUGAUGUAAAGCUUCAUUUACAAAAGCGUUGUAUAAAGGUUAAUUAAACACGCCACGCUCGAAAAUUCAGUGAAGCAAACAGACCGUUGUUUAAAGUGUUUAGACAUUUUAGUUAUGAUUCAAUAUUUGCUUGGCUUAAAAUGAUUGCGAGAAAGACUCUAAGAUAAACAGAAACAGACAGUCAUUUAUGGUAGAUAUUCAUCAACACCGUAGACACAUACUGACAUGAGCCGCAAACUCCUAACUAACUUGAUAGAAUUGUUCACUUUAAUUUGUUGCUUACAUACGUAUUUUGACUACAUACGAUUCGCAAAUGCAUAAGAUUUAACUCUAUAGCUUUCUCUCAGCAUUACUCAAAAAAAUUUCAAGAGGGCCUUUUAAAUUCCCUUUAUGGUCGUUUAUCUUAAUACGUGUUUUAUUACCAGACAUUUUGUAGCGAUAAAUAAAUCUUUUCUACCCUCUGUUGGCAUAGGUUCAUAAGCGUUCAACUCUGAUCUUUCUCUGAAUUUUACUGAGAGCGAAUUCUUCGGAUGACAACCCAAGUUGGGGACAGUUUUACUAAAAACACUGAGGCUACUUUCAAGUUCGUAAGAUUCCGUUUAUUGUUUUUUUUUCCAGUUUUUUUGGUAAUCUUAUAUUCUCUUUCUCUCAGGUUCUUCUGUAAUUUUAUGAAAAACUUCUGUUUGACUCUCCAUCUGCUUCAAAUUACGCCAAGUUCCACUUUAGGGGCAACAAAAUUGAAGGGUUUCUCUUUUUCUUAUGGAAUUUUCAUAACAAUUUUCAGAAAAAUUUAAGCGCAUUUUUAUGUUGAGAGCAUAUGUGACAUCAUGAACGAGUAGUACUUAGAAAUUCGAUAUUUUCCGAACAUACGCACAAUUCCGUUGACGUUUCCAUGCCCACAAAAAAUAGAAACUAGCGUCUAAAAACAGGUAAAGAUACGAUAGGGGUCAUUGCGCCUGUUCUCUUGUUUCACCUUGGGUUUUGAGACGCGUAGAAUUUUGUAGAAUGGCGUCCACUAAAAUAACCUUAAAUUCGCCGGCUUCACUCCAAUUUUCAAGAAGUUAAAACAUUACACUGAGAUGACUAGCUACGCAGGUAAAAAUCUUUUAUUAUACACUUGGUCUGAUUUUAUUUGCGGUAACUUUCUUUUAAACUGCGCAGACGGCACACGUUGCGAGUUUAUCUCUGUUUGCGUCAAAACAUCGUCGUGAAAAUGCAUUGUUCCUUGAAUCUUUUGCUGUAAUAGUUACUAUCUGUAGAUUAUGUUUCUUUCAAUAACUUUCCAAAUAGCAAACCAUAUGAAAUUUAUUCAUUUGAGAUAACUCAAUGCUGAAGUUUUGAAGCGUUGGAUGACUUCUCAAGCGUGUAAUGAAAAAGUCUUAAAGCUUUUUGUAAGAAAACUUUCAGUGCGUACACUCUUCACUUAAUACCAUUUAAAUUGAGCUCAAAGAUUUGUUAAUAUGCCGCUUGUGGUGUUGUAUACGAAGAAAAUAAAUACUUAAAGUAUAUCUGCCAAUUCCAAUUGCUUUCACACUUUCAUUUAUACAGUCAGUCAAUCAGUUAUCAAUUUUUUUUCUAUCGCCAAACAGGUUCUAAUUUGCAUUUUUGCAAAUAAAAGUUUCUCAUUUUAAUCGGCAAAUCAACAACAUGAAAUAACCAAAUUCUGGGGCAAGUUAUUCGCGUUCUUUUUUCGUAGUGAUCGCUGUAAAUCUCAUUUAACCCUUUAAAUCCUAAUAUCAGUAUAUAUAUUCUCCAUACUGUUCUUUAUACAUUUCCUUAGGUGCUGACAAGGAGAAUUUGUUUAACAAUCAAGAACUCCUUCAGUUGUUGAUCUUUUCCUUUAUUCUCACAACCUCAAUGUUUGAUUCAGGGGUGACAUUGUAAGGAGAAAUUAGAGGCUAAUCACUCGAAAGAAGUCAAAGGGUUCAUGCGGCAGGGGGAAGUCUGGUGCCGUUAGAGACAGUAGACACAUAGAGCUGCUCACGAAAUGGUUAGAAGAGAUAGAAAUUCAUUAUUUAAAAUACGGCAUUCAUUUAACCCUAUAUUUGAACCACUUUUUCUUUAUUACCACAGGCUAUGGACACUGUAGAGGUUAUUAUUACAGUUUUACUCCUCUGCCUCUUGGCGCUGGGCGUAUACUUGGCUGCUUUCUGGACGAUCUCAAGGAGGAAGAAAGGGGAACAUGAAGGUAGCCGUGGGGAGGUGCCGUACAAAUAUCUGGAAGAGGAGGCCGAGAAUGCUCGGAGGAAAGUGGCGGCGGCUUACGCACAGGAGACCAUGCCGAAAAUAACCAUUACUCCUGUUCAACCUAGGCCUAACUUUCCAAGGGUACGGAAUCCUUGUCUGCCCUUAGAGAGGGUGUGACUGUCUGUCUGUCUGUCUAUCUGUCUGGUCUGACUGAAAAAAUAAGCCAUUGCUUAAUCGAGUUAGCGAAUGCUUAUCUCACUGUCUGUUUACCUACUCGCUUGACUGAUUGAGAAACUAACUGGUUGACAAAUUGACAGACUCUAGACCUGACUGACUGACUGACUGACUGACUACUGACUGACUGACUGGCUGGAUGACUGACUAACUACUGACUGGCUGACUGACCGACUGACUGACUAUUGACUGACUGACUGGCUACUGGCUACUACUGACUGACUGACUGACUGACCACUGACUGACUGUCUGACUGAUCCGCUGACUAACUAACCGACUGACUGACUGACUGACUACCUGACCGACUGGCUACCUGACCGACUGACUAGCUGACUGACUGACCGACUGUCUUACUGACUGAAUCUGUCCUUGGAAACUUUACUAAACUUACAUAUUUCUUUCAAUAUGUUCAAAAACGUCAAUCAAAAUUAAACUUCUUUUUUUCUUUUUCAGAGUUUAUUAUCCUCAGACGAGUUACUUUCAACGGAAGACGAAGAGGAAGACGAAUCUCACAGCGAUGAACACGUGGAUUUAGGAAGACUUUAUUUUGCCCUCAGAUACGAUCAGCACCGGUACGGCGAAAAACUAUUACAAUCAAAUCCUUACAAGUCCUUCGCUCAAGACAUGAGUUGUCGCUCUUUUUCUAUUAUUUAUUUAUGUAUUUGUUUUUAUCAUAGUUCCUUGUGAGCAUCAAAGUGAGACACUCUCGUUGGUUUUUGCUCUGCUACUAAAUGCAUGGCUGGUUUUCUUCGAAUGCCAAAUCACGCAAGACUUGUUUGACACGCAAGACUUGUUUGAGAAUUUGGAAAGCGUUUUGUUUGACGAUUCAAUACUAUUUGCACUGCGGUGGAGAGAUGAAAUUAGGAGAUCCUCGCAGCUAUUGACAUGCAUACCCUGAAAAAUCCCCAUGCCCAUGCACCUUGCGAUACUUGCAUUGACCUGCAUGCACUUUGAUUCACCUGAUUUUCUUCAAAUUAAAUUCUGCUCCCGCGAUGGAAAGCAAUUUAGAGAUCUUUUGUUUGAUAAUUCCAAGAACUACAGAUAUCUUCAGCAUCCUUAAUUUUCUUCUUGCUUUGUAGUUCUAUGUUGGUUGUACGUCUUAUCAGAGCUGAGGACAUCCCCAUGGAACGAGAAGCCACCGGCACCUAUGUAGAUGUCAACAUCCUUCCUCUGAAUCUGCAGAGCCACACGUUUCAACCUAGCGACACAACAAUUAACAUUAAUUUCAGGUACAAGAACUUUUUUUUGUCUUUUAUCAUUCUGGCUAUUCAGAGGAGUCUGUGUUGGGAGGAUCUGGACCCUAGUAAAGGCCUCAUUCCAAACACAAUCUCUUUCAUUUUUGCUUCUGGACAUGAGGUAAGCAUCUUCCGAAUAAAUUUGACAUAAGAAAAGUUAACAGAAUGGAAGAAAGGAGUAAUGUAAAGGAAGGAGUGAAUUUGGCAUCCUAACAACAACUUGGAAAUGGCUCUCAGCCAAUGAAUAAAGCGAACAUGAAGAACUAAAAUCGCAUAAUUGGAAUUAAAUAGGCGUAUCUACUUUUUCGUUCUCUUACCUUUAACCCUUUAACUUCCAAGAUCUCAUUAGUAAUUCUCCCAACGGUCUGCCGUACAGUUCUUGUGAUGUUGGUUUGGAGAAUUUGGUAUUGGAUCAAGUUAUAAUCCCCUAACUGAUAUUUUUCUUUAUUCUUACCACUUUUCUGCUUGAUAUUGUAUUGAGAUUGUAAGGAGAAAUUCCGUCUUGGUCACUCAUGAGAGUUAAAGGGUUAACUAAUCUAUUCCAGUAAACAUGGCACGCCACGACAUUACUGACUUUAGAAUCCCAAGGGAUCUCCGAAUAAUACUUGUUGCCUCAGGAGUAAAGCUUUUUUGGAGCUCCUGUCUCGCUCCUUUUGCUUGAUUUGUCUCUUGCUAUUUGGCAUACUUUCUUAUAUUUCACCCUAACGUCGCUUCUUUUUUUCAUGCAGAGAAGUUUAUGAAUUUCCGCUGUCACUAGUGGACCUGGCACUACAGACACUCAACCUGCACAUUUUUCGAUAUGACAACUUUUCCCGCCGGACAUCUGUUGGCGACGUGUUUUUGGCUUUAGCUGAAUUAAGUGCGCAAGGGAUUGACUUCACCCGUGAAGUGUUUCUUUGCAGAAAUAUAAUCAGCCAUCAGGAGGUUAGAUGAACAGUUAUAUUUUAGUUCAGUUUGUUUGGAAACUUGUGGGAAAAAAAACUUAUGAUACCCUACUGGCCAAAUUUUUGUUAGACACAACCAAGGUUUUCUGUGCCCAGUACCAACUUUGUUGUUUCUGCCGCUUUAGUAGCGCUACCGUGAUUUUUCCGCGCUAGGCGCGGGUUGCAUGUUUUUCCGCCCUUGAUGCCCAUCCCUGCUUUACAUCAGGUGCAGGUUUUCUAGCGUUUGUCUUUUGUUGCAUCUUUUUCGCGCCUGCCAAAAAUUUGCGAGCUUUCUCGCGCUUAGCAUCCAUUGCAUGUCCUCUCGCAUAUUGCACGGAUAGCUUUACAUCGACUUUCUUUGUAUAUCUCUGGUUGCGAUCCUGAUUGGUCCAACUUGUAAUGUGUGACUCAUAGGUGGCUUCAAGAAAGACCACUCAAAGUAAUAUUCUUUUAUGUUGCUUUUAUGCAGAUCUACCGUACACUGGAUAAAGGAAAAACUAUGCACCCUGGUGACGAAGAAGAACAGGAAGCCAACGAAAUGAAACCGGACUCAAAAUUGAAAGAGAAAAAGGUUAGGCCUAUUUUAUGGUAUCCUCUCUCAAAACACUAGUGGCCGAUUUUGAAUCUCAAAUACUAAUGGCCGAUUUUGGAUUCAGGAUUUUGGACGCUAGUGGCUAAUUUUGGAGUUUGGAGGCUAGUGGCCGAUUUAGGAUUUUAGACACUGGUGACCGAUAGUGGGUUUUGGACACUAGUGGCCGAUUUUGGAUUUUGGAUUUUGAACGUUAGUGGCCGGUUUUGAAUUUUAAACACUAGUGGCCGAUUUGGGGUUUUGGACACUAAUGGCCGAUUUAGGAUUUUGGACACUAAUGGCUGAUUUUGGAUUUUAAGGACGCUAGUGGCCGAUUUUGGAUUUUGAAAACGAUGGCCGAUUUUGGAUUUUGAUUUUGGACACUAAUGGCCGAUUUUGAAUUUUGGACGUUAGUGGCCGAUUUUGAAUUUCAGACACCAGUAGCCGGUUUUAGAUUUUGGACGCUAGUGGCCGAUUUUGGAUUUUGGAUUUUGGAUUAUGGACACUAGUGGCCGAUUUUGAAUUUUGACACUAGUAGCCGAUUUUGGAUUUUGGACACCAAUGGCCGAUUUUGAAUUUUAAAAGCUAGUGGCCGAUUUUGGAUUUUGGAUAUUCACACGUGUGAUUAGUCAAUAAAGCUAAAGCCACCUUAUAAACUGGAAAAAAAUGUACAACGUAAAUUAAUUCACGAAUCGUUUAGUUCCGUUUUCUUUCGACUUAGUGUGCUAUAGUCUACCUUGCGCAAAACGCAAUGGAUUUAAGUAUAAAUCGAACAAGAGGCCGGCCGCUCGUUCGAUUUGCUCUCUCACUUAUUGCGGUCAGCAGAUAUCUAUCGGAGAAUUACUUCAGUUCACAGCCAAUAUCGUGUAAUUUCUUUGACUUUUCAUUGGCUCAUUGUGUUAUUUACUUUUGUUUAGAUUGGCCUUUUUGAUAGCUUUGCUUUUGAUCUACAACACUUAAUCGAAAAGUGCUUUAUCGCCCAUUACAGUUUUGAUAACUAAAGCGAUCAUUUUUUUUCUGCUCUUUGUGCAGGUGGGAAGGAAAGUAAGUUCUCAGAGAAUGUGGGAUGUACUACGAAGGGCUGUUAUGUCCGGAUCAUACAAAGGAGACAUUUUACCGUCUGAUUCUGCCAUGUACUGGGAGUCUAUCUUCACAUCUGAUGUCUCUAGCGCAGCGAGUAGCCCCCUUAAAUCACCAGGGUUCACAUACUUCUCAGACCCAGGCCCCCCCGAUGAACCACUUGACGGGAGCAGUGAAGAGGAAGGCGCAUUAUGGAAAGGAAGGGAGGAAGCUACCAUUGAUUCACCUGCGGACGAAUCUGAUUUCAAUUCAUCCGAAAAUGAGCAAGAAGUUGACGAGAGACGCAAGGACAGUUCUCAAUCCCCUCUGAUCAGGCAUGUGCAACUCUCCCCAGCUCCUGAAGAGUACUAUCGCAUAGUUCCUAUUGCACCUUUUACCACCCCUUCUAAGGACAGAAGAGAAUCAACUGAACGGUCAUAUUCCUGGAAACUACCUCAAACCUACACGUCACGUGAUCAUGAUGUAGUACAGACUCUUUCCCAGGCCUACAAGGAGCCUCGAGUAGUUCCUUUUACCGCCGUUUCUCAAUUCGAACCGGGAGCCCUGCCCGGUAAAUCCGUUUCCUUUCAAUUUCCUCCGUCUGAAGACGGAAGUGAAGUAAAAGACUGUAACUCUAGGCCUUCUCAGCAGAAAAAAUCAGGUGAUACGAAGAAAAAAAGUGGCGCACUCCGACGUAGACUGAGAUUGUCCCCUAGAAAAGAGCCCGAUGGUGAGCCCGCCGAAAAAAUGGUCAGCGCGGUGAGAGGGAAAUCUAAGCUUCUACUCACAAAGUCACGUUCCAAGUCUUUCCCGAAGAGUGACAAAAUAACUUCUCAGCGAAAAGAAAUAGAACUUUAUGAAGAUUUAACGAUUGAAACAGCUGAGGAUGAGCCUCUUGUGGGGGCUUCUUCAAGAUUAUCAGAAGACGUCACCGAACAGCUGGAAUUUGAACUCGAUCCUUUACCGAGUCGACGAAUGAACUUCCCGUCGAUCUCAGCCGAAGACUACCGAACUCCGCCGAUAUCGACAUUUAGCGAUUUUUAUUCAAUUACCCGAUCACAAUCGGAUCCAAACGUCGAUGUCGAACGAUUCCGAAGAUUAGAGGGAUCAUCCUCGGAAUACCGACGAGUUUGUUCGAUGUUGGAUGUACACAACGAUAGAACUUCACGUGAUGAAGAAAAAAAUUAAACGGUUGACAGUUACCGCAUAAAUGGAAUUUUUAUCAAAGUAAUAUGGUGGAGUUAUUCUUCAAUCUACGCGGGUUUUUGCGAUAAAAAAAUGCUAGUGCCCGUUGACAAAGAAUACAUAUUUAAAGUGCAAAGUUAUUAGAGUCUUAGAAUUAAGUUCAACGCAAUGUUAAUUCGCACGAGGCUUCAGAAAAAAGCCUUCAUUUUCGGCAGAUCUUGAAAGAAUAGCAAGGAACUAUAUUUUUGAAGAGAGAUCGACAAGCAAUUUAAAGUAGAAUAUAUUCCAUUUUCCAAAGCUUUUGUCUUUGUAGUAUACAACAGGAAAAUGGAACGCACCUAAGAAAGAAUCGAUACGUUCAAAACGGUUUUCUUGAUGUGCUUCCUGAAAAUAAAUAUAUAUAUAUAAAUAUUUUCACUUUCUGGAAUAAAUAAUUGGAAUUUUAAAAUUCAAUUUAUGCGAGUGACUUUCGCCCGUAGAUUACAGAUAUAUAACUUGUGAAAUAUAACAUCAUUCAUAGGGACAGCAGAGGCUGAUUUUUCCAGGAUCAGUGGAGAAUGUAAGGUUUUGUUCCUGUCAAUAAAAAGCCCCGU